UAGUGAUAGUCCCAAUGCUGUCCAUGAGGUGGAAAAGUGGUUACCACGACUGCACUCUGUUGUCAUAGGACCUGGCUUAGGUAGAGAUGAAGUUCUACUUGAGAACGCUAAGGGUAUUAUAGAAAAAGCAAAAGUCAAAGGAAUUCCUAUCAUUAUUGACGCUGAUGGACUGUGGCUCAUUUCCCAGCAGCCUUCUCUUAUUCAAGGCUACCAGCGAGCUAUUCUUACUCCAAAUUAUAUGGAGUUUAGUAGACUGUAUGAAGCCAUGCUUAGAGACCCCGUAGACAGUAGUGAUCAUCAUGGAUGUGUAUUAAGACUCAGCCAAGCCAUGGGGAAUUUGACAGUUGUUCAAAAGGGAGAAAGAGAUCUUAUUUCAGAUGGAGAGAAAGUACUUGUGUGCAGUCACGAAGGAAGCAGCCGGAGAUGUGGUGGACAGGGGGACCUCCUUUCUGGUUCUCUUGGAGUCUUAGCGCACUGGGCAUUUCUUGCCGGAGCAGAAAAAACAAAUGGUCAAAAUCCCUUUCUAGUGGCUGCAUUUGGAGCUUGCUCUCUUACGAGGCAGUCUAACCACCAAGCCUUUCAAAAAUUCGGACGUUCAAUGACUGCCUCUGACAUGGUUUCAGAAGUUGGAACGGCUUUUAACAAACUUUUUGAAACCUGAAGCCAAAGCAGCAGAGAAGAAGAAAAGGAAGAACAAUGACUGCAAGAGUAAUUACAUUUACCGUAGAAUUUACAUAAGUAAUGCACCCUUUCAAGUGCUGUAGCAGCAUUGGUAUGCUAGGUAGAUUUUUCUUUUUAUUUUUAAGAAUAGAAAAAUAUGAUUAAUGUAGAUAUUUUUUAAGAGUUUGGAAUACAAAAAUGUUUUGGCUGAAAUAAGCUGUAGUUGCAGAUCUGUUAUAAUAUAAUAAAACUAAAAUGAAAGUA